AUGACAAAAUUAUAUAAUAAACUUUUUCAAAGCUUAAUGAUUGUAUCAACUAUUAAAUUUGGGGUUGUAGAUGCGAAAGCAGAAACAUUUAUUAGAGGAGGUUAUGGAAUAAGCAUAUCAGAUAGACUUAAUGAUUAUGGUAAAGAUGGCUAUGUUCCAGCUUCUAAGCCAAAAAAUUCAUGGGUAUAUGAUGUUAGUGUUGGUUAUAAAUUGAAUAACAAUAUUUUGCUAGAUAUUGGUUAUAAAAAAUUUUCUAAAUUUAAAUAUAGUGCAAUUGAUCCUAGUAAAUAUUCUUACAAGCAAGAUAUUAGUUCUGAUACUUAUACUAUAAAUACUCAGUAUAAUUUUGAUAAUAAUUCCAAAAUAUUCCCAUUUUUAAGAAUGGGGGUUGGUAUUUCAAAAAAUAAGCUUGGAAAAUAUAAUGUAAUAAACCUUGAUGAUAACUCCAAAAAAUAUACUUUGGAUUCAAAUAAAUCGAAUAAUUUCACUUUUAAUAUAGGAGCAGGGCUUGGGUAUAAAAUAAGUGAAAAGUUAUAUGUAGAUUUUAGAUAUGAAUAUACUGAUUUAGGCAAGAUUAAAAACUCUAGUAAAGUAUUAGAAAACACCAUCCAAGAAAAUAUAAAACCUCCAGUUUCUUCAUUGAAAGCAAAUAGUUUUCAUAUAGAGCAACAAAGAAAAAAUGAACAGUUAAUUCAAGAGCAUCAAAAAUUACAAAAUUAUAUUAUAGACGCCCAUAAAAAAAUGCAGGAUCAUUUAAUAGAUUCUCAUAAUCAGGAAAUUGCAAGCAAAACCCUGAUACAGUUGAUUCUCAGUGGAAUAAGUAUAAAAAUUCAG